GCGCCAAACAUCUGGAGAAGUCGAUUUCGAAAAUGCCUGGCGGCUUGUUCAAUUUACGAAAACGAAAUGAAGUAAACAACGUAGAAUAUCUUAAAGAACCAUCAUCUCGGUCAUUGAUUCUGAAGCGCUAUAUGCUAGCUGUUGCAGUGUUCUUCAUUGUUGCAAUUGGUGUUUAUAGAGCGGCCGUUUCUUCUAAAUCAGAUAAUCUUUUGUAUCCAAAUAAAGGAAUUCGCCUCAGCAAUGGAACAAACACAUUCCUUCCUACUGUAAUCAUGAUUUCUUUGGAUGGUUUUCGAGCAGACUAUAUGUAUCGAGGCCACACACCCAAUUUGUUGCAGUUGGCUGAAAAGAAUGCUCAUGCACCAUUCAUGGUUCCAGUUUUUCCUAGUAUAACGUUCCCUAAUCACUACUCUCUUGCGACUGGAGUUUACCCGGAAAAUCAUGGAAUGGUGAGUAACAACUUUUACGACCCUAUUAGUGGAAAAUAUUUUGUAAAUACUCGUCCAGAAUGCAAUCAAGAUCCAUCUUGGUGGACGCAGGCAGAACCAAUUUGGAUCAAUGCUGAACGUCAUUCAAUUCGUUCAGCUAUCCAUAUGUGGCCGGGGAAUGAAGUUGCUCAUGAUGGAAUACGGCCCUCGUAUUACACAUCCUUCAAUGCUAGUGUAACCCUUAAAGAAAAAAAGGAUGAACUACUUCAUUGGCUUGAUCAUGCAGACGAUACUCGACCUCAAUUACUUAUGUGUUAUGUGCCUCACGUUGAUUCGGUUGGCCAUACCUUUGGUCCUGAUUCAUCACAACUUGAUUUGAUGCUGAGAGAAGUUGACCAGAUGAUUGGUAGGUUGCUUGAAGGUAUCAGGCAGAGAAACUUGCAAGACAUUGUAAACGUUAUAUUUGUAAGCGAUCACGGUAUGGCUCCUACGUCAAACAAUCGUUUGCUUUGGUUGGAUGAUCUACUGAAUGUAUCGAAAAUUGAAUUCCGAGACGGUUGGCCCUUGGCUGGUUUCCGAGGUGAAACUGGAUCGGACGAGACGUAUAUUGCUGAUAGUCUGAGGAAUGCAACCUCAGAAUCACUUCCGGGGACGGAGUAUUGGCGAUCUUUAACCAAAGAAGAAUUUCCUGAAAAAUUGCAUUAUUCAAAAAAUGAUAGAAUAGCUCCUGUUUGGAUGAUACCAAAUCCAGGUUGGUCAAUCGUCUCUUCGUUAGACCAUUCUCCAGAUGUUGAAUAUGAACCAUAUGGUGUUCAUGGUUACGAUAAUACUUCUCCUCUGAUGAGAGCUAUAUUUACAGCAUUCGGUCCUGCCUUUGAACCCUUUAAGUCGAAGCAAAUAAUCCCCUUCCGUAAUAUUGAAGUUUACGAUAUAAUUUCUUAUAUACUAAAUAUGCCGGCAAAUCCCACUAAUAGUUCAUUUCAUGGUGCCAUACCCACCAAAAGAACCUCAAAUUCUACAAAGGAAUGGUUACUUCAUGACAUUAAACAGGCGUAUAAUGAGCUUGAGGCUCGCUAAGUGCCCAAACGAAUCAUAAUCUCUCUAUUAUUAUUUUACUUUUUCACCUUCUUUAACGAUUCAGAAUAGUAUCCUAAUCAGAAAUAGCAUUCUAUAAUUUCGCAUUUAGCCUUUCAUCAUUCAUCC